GCAGAAUCGAGUUGCAUCGGCAGUGCCCGCGCGCCUCGCCUAGAUGUACGCUGUCUUUCACAACCGAUUUAAUUUCUCAAUAUCUUUCUCUUCUAUAUUUGUUUUCUGUUUCUAUUGCUCAUCUUAUUUAACAUAUGUUAUCAACAAAUUGUCACGGGUGGGCGCAACUGACCACUGCGUAACACCCUCAAAAGAGGGACCGUGGUUUGAACUGUCCAGUCGAACCAGGAGUUCCGCACAUAAACCUCACAGUGUCACUACCCGUGACACAAGUCGCGUAUAUCAGCAAAUUGUACACUCUCCAUUGAGUUACCCUAUAGCAACUAUCCCUAAUUAUCAUAUACUCUAGCCGACGGCCGAGGCGGAAAGAAGACAGCAGGGAGCAUCAUCCACGCGGCCUGCGACAGGAUACACAGAAGAUACAACCGGAGAACAGACAACAGGGGCC